AUGUGGCCCUUCGACUACGUAUUUGGCACGCCCGAGCCGACCCCUUCGCUGCUGCCGGGGGUGGUGGUCGAGCUCGCGACCAACGCCGUCCUGCUGGCGCUGGAGAGUCGUGGUGACCACGACGACGACGUCAAGUGGCUCACGUUCUGGUUCGCCUACUCCUUUGUCAACUUUGCGGGAUCCCUGUUCAGCAACGUCUUCUUCUUCAUCCCGUUCUGGGGCGAGGUACUACUGGGAACGACCGUCUUCCUCGCGCUGGGCGGCUCCAAACUUGUAUUGAAGCCGAUUCUGCUGAAGAAUCAAGAGGUAAUUGACAAGGUGCUGAGCAAGGGCGCGGCGCUGAAAGACAAGGUCGUGGCAAAGGCGGCCUAG